GGCGACCAUCAAAGCGUUCUGAUUGGUUAAUAUUACAACGCAUGAUUCGAUCAUUGCACACCGACAUGCGGGUUACUAACAACACUCUACUGUUUGUGUGGGCAAAAAGGGGUAACUGAAGUUGCAAAGAGUUGAAAUAAGCUGAGAUGUGUCGCUGAUGGGACUAUUAAAAACGCUCUCCAUACUAGCAAGCGGUCACGGUGGGUAUCGUACUCUUGGAUCCAAUCGUAGCGUGUCUUCCGGCCAAAACAACGAAGCGCGCGCAAAAUUGAUAUUACGUCACACGGUGAUGUCACGCGACCACUUGACGCCGGAGAUAGGACUUCGCUUGAUCACACCGGAGUGCGUGCUGUGGCGAGCAAGGGAGGAAGAGUCGCCAUUUAAGGACCCGUUCUGGGCGAUCUACUGGCCCGGGGGUCAAGUUCUGACGAGAUUUAUUCUAGAUAACCCCGAUCUAUUUCGAGGAGACGCGCUGCUUGAUGUCGGAAGUGGAUGUGGAGCCGCCGCCAUUGCGGCUGCCAGGGUAGGGGCAUCAUCCGUCAUCGCAAAUGACAUCGAUCCAAAUGCUAUUAGUGCGAUCAUGUUAAAUGCUGCAAUGAACAAUGUCAACGUUGUAGUUGAGUCUGGGAAUUUGAUUGGUCAAGUGAACAACAAAUGGAAAACAAUCGUUCUUGGUGAUAUGUUUUAUGACGCUGCAUUUAGAGACGUCAUGAUUGAUUGGUUGACUAUGCAAUGUCGCGAAUUUAAAUCGAACGUUUUCAUUGGGGAUCCAGGUAGACUUCCGCUGAUUGAACAUCCAAUCAAAAGUCAUUUAAGAAAAGUUGGUCAGUAUGUGUUACCGAAGCGAUGCAGAGAAGAAAACAAUGGAAUGACAGAGGGCUUUGUGUGGCAACUCAAUGUGAAGUAUACUUGAAGUGCUUAUGACUAUUGAUUUGUCGUCUCCAACGUUCCCGGCAAGGCCAUAUAACUUGCGUGGGUGAUUGGUCAUGGAACUAUUUCUAUUCGCCAUCCUAACAUUGAUUAAAGUGGGUCAGUUGUCAUUAACUGACGUAAGUUUGCGCAUUUAUUUUCUGGUAACUCAUCUAACCAAGAAAAGGUAGAUAAACAAACCACCUUGAUACAUGUGUGUCUGACAUGUUGUUGAAAACGGCAACGCAUAGCUGUUCGAUACCGGAAAGGAUUAAUGUGCAUAUUUUGAUUCGAUAUACUAGUAUUUCAUUUGGGAUUUACUAUCCGAGAGUUCAGCGUCACCCUCAAGUAAUUGUAUUUAAUGUAUUAAUAAGCAGAAAUAAACUUCUCGAAUACAA